AUGUCAAGCCAUCGUCUACGGUCGCAGAAUAUUGCGGCGAAAAGGACACAGCCAUCUGGUGUUGAUGUGCCAACCAGACGUGCUUGCGUCAAUUGUCGUCAGAGAAAGAUUCGCUGUGAUAUUGUCGACAAAGGCGUCCCUUGUACAAACUGUAGCGCUCAAAACCGACCUGGAUGUCGAUCGUGUCCCAACAAGAAAGAAGUCAAGCAAUCUUUACGUCAAUUGGCCGUUCUAGCUCCUCUCCGUCCUCGCCAGCCAAAUGAUUCACCAACGGCGGCAUCAUCCUUUGCUGCUGCACCAGAAGUUCAACCUACAGACGAAGGCGGUGAGAUCGAACUUGGGGCUCACGUCUUGAACGACAAUGAUGCAAGAGAUGCAGAGCUUGGGCAUCGAACUCGCGCACAUUUCAUCGGAAAUGAUCUCUCCAAUUGCAAUUACCUUUUUCGUCAAAGUUCUUCUAAUGUCAACUACGAUAACGUAUUUCACUUUAACAAUGGUCAAUUAGAGUCUAGCGAAGACUGGUAUGAACGACACGGUGUCUUGGGAGAACCGCUCAAACGUCCAGACAAGCAGCUUGAGAUGCGGCUGAUAAGAGCAUAUUUUGAUAUAAUUAACCGUGGAUGGCCGAUAGUCGAUGAGGAUCUAUUCAUGACGCAGUAUCAUGGCCAUGACCCCACAAACCCAGUGUGCCUGACAAUUCUCAAUGCGAUAAUGCUGGUAGGAGCCCACGCUCUAGCAUCGCAAGACGAGAGCAUGAUUCCUCUUCUUCGCGUUUUCUUCCAGAGAACCAAGACUCUUUUCGAGUGUGAAUCAUGGCCUGAUAGGCUUGUCUAUAUCCAAGUACCUCUCCUCUUGACGUGGUAUUCUGAUGCCAAUGCUUGGCAUUGGAUUGGGAUUGCUACUAGAACAGCCAUGGCAAUAGGACUGCAUCGUGACACCAGCCACUCAAAGAUGAUGCCAGUUUACAAACGAGUAUAUACGCGUCUGUGGUGGGUUCUCUUCCAGUUUGAUACAAUCGCGUCUGUAUCAGCUGGUAGACCUCAAGUUAUCAAUCUCGAUGAUUCUGAUGUCCCAGAUAUCCAGCCUUGUCACCUUGAACAUCUUUCUGGAGCAGAAUUCGAGUUUGUCGUCUGUCACGUACAGCUGUGCAAGAUAAUAUCCGAAACGACAAGAAAGGGUUGGUCACUUUGUGCAACUCCAGAGGAAAAGCUUCAAGCUAUUAAAAAAGCCGACGAGUCCCUUGGAAAUCUGCUUCUUUCCAUUCCGAAAAGAUUACAGUUGACGAUUUCCUGUCUCGAUUUAUGGCAAGCCCAUUUCUAUCUUACCUACUACAACUUUGUUUUACUGCUUCAUCGACCUGCGCCAAAGUCUAGGAAGGAUGGUUCUAUCGAGACACAAGAAGACGCUAUACUCUGCAGAGAAGCCGCAGUCGCGGUUGCUUCCAUCUUCGAAGUUCUUCUCAGCAAGCGGUUAAUAUCGUCUCUGUGGUUGUAUAGCAAUCAUGUCGUGUUUACUGCCACCAUUCACAUCAUCAACGAGAUUAGUACAAACAAACCCUUGUUAGCUGCCAAGUCUCGACAUACACUACACACGUUUUGGAAAGCCUUGCGGGAGCUUGCAAAGUACUGGAAUUACGCUGGAGGUCUCCUAAAGGUCCUUGAGCAGAGGGCUUCAAGACCGAGAGGUGAGCGAGUACACGCACCAGGGGAACCCAGUCUGAACUUGCAGGUAGAUGGGCCAUCGUUUGAACAGCCAAAGGCUGGACCGUCAACUUGGAGCGGCAACGACAAUGUCGUACAGAGUGAUCCCGACGCAAAUAUGGUCGAAGUUGGUUUCGAUACUUAUGAAUCAACUAACUCACAAAACAUUACCAUGGACUUUCUCACAGGCGGUCAGGACCCCGAGGACAUCAGCUAG